AUGAGUAAACGAGUCAAUUUACCAUAUACCACACAAGAUUUAUUCCCUCAAACCUUACCCACUCCCAAUACCCUGAGGUUUGGAGUUGGAAGUGUUGGAGGUGGGUCAAUUGCAUCAGGAGCUGCUUCUUCACUUUAUACUCCACGAUCAACUACCAACUACUAUUUCAAUAAUAAUAAUUAUAAUACAUCAAUGACAAAUAAAUUUAGAAAUUUUAAAGUUAUGAUUAAACGAUUAUUUAAACCAACAACAUUAGAUUUUGAAACAGCAAUAUGGGAAAUAUUUCAUUUAAUUAUUAAUCCAAGAAAGAUGUAUCGAUCUCAUUAUUUCUAUAAACAACAAACAAAUACUUCUGGAGUUGCUGGAAGUGGAACAGGAGGAUCUUCAAUAAGUGGGAAAUCUUCAUAUACAAGAGAUGAUCCUUCAUUCUUAAUAUUAUUAACGGCAUUCUUAUCCAUAAGUGCAAUUGCAUGGGGGUUGGCUUAUUCUCCAAGUAUUAUAGAUAUCUUCAAAUUGAUAGUUUAUAUGGUAUUCAUAGAUUUCUAUCUAAUGGGAGUCAUUAUCGCUACAAUCACGUGGUUUGUAGCUAAUAAAUUAUUUAAUAAUAAUUUUGGAUCCUUACUUGGUGGUGGUAUAGGUGGUAAUAGUAUCAAUCAAUAUAGUUUUAAUUAUAUUGAAUGGGGAUUUUGUUUUGAUAUUCAUUGUAAUUCAUUCUUGAUCAUUUGGUGUUUAUUAUAUGUGAUUCAAUUCAUAUUGUUACCUAUAAUAAGAAUAAAACAAUCCAUAAUUGCCCUUAUAUUGGGUAAUUCAUUAUAUUUUGGAAGUAUUGGAUAUUAUUUCGUGGUUACAUUUUAUGGAUUUAAUUCAUUACCAUUUAUAACCAAUACAAAUUUCAUUAAGUCUUCAAAUAAUCAAACUAAUUCUCCAGCAAGAAUCCUUCAAUUGGUUGUGAUUGCUGGGAUUUUACCGUUAUUGGCCAUUGGAUGGUUAAUCACUAUUAUAUUUAGAUUCAACGUUGCUGAUGCUAUGGUUGAGACAUAUUUUAACUAA